GAGAGUGGGUCCGAAAGGAAAAACUUGGUGAUCCAAAGCCUGUGCCUGCUUGCCAUGGCUUCCCUUCCCGCUUCUUCAAGCUUUGCUUCCCCGAACUCAGCUUUGUCUGCACCCUCUGCAGAUGAGCGUCUUCGCUUCGUUGAGUUCCUCAUCCACUCUGCUCAACAACUGGAAGUCGCUCCCAUUGUUAAAUACUCGGCAUUGUCAUUGCUUGUUGAUCGUUUCUUUCUUUCUUUGCCCAGUUUCAUGGAAGCUGGUAGCUCGAGAAGCUGGCUCUUGCAUCCCGUGACAGAGAGCAAUUUGCAGCUAUUUGGGCUGAUUUCUUUAUGGAUUUCAAGCAAAAUACAUGAUUCUUAUCCACUCUCUGUGAGAUGUUUGAAGUGCUUGGCUAACAAUAUCAUCAAGGAUCAACACUUUGCAACUCGAGAUUUCCUCGAAGCAGAGGUUCUCUUCAUGCAGGUGUUGAAUUUUGAGAUUGGCACAACAAAUAUUGCUUUUUUGUUCCUUGAAGAGCUUUGGAUGCAGAUCCAAAGAGUGGCCAAAGUUGGUGAUCUUAUCAACUUUGAAGCAUGCAUAGAAAUUAUGGAUCUUCUCUAUGAAAAGGAGGAGACAUCAUUUCUUUACAAGUCUCCUUGCUCUCUCGCGGCAUCAAUCUUGGUUGCGUCUUAUUUGAUCACUGUUCCAAAACAGAAAUCGGAAUUUCCACUUCUUCCAUGGGUGAAAUUUGUAACUUCAUGUAGAGAAGAGGAGAUCAUAAAAAUUGUGAGGGACAUUCUCAAGCAUGUACUCCAUCCUUCCUCUGAUCUCCAAGCUGUGGCCAAAAUGGUGCCCGGCAAAUAAUUCAACGUACAAAAAAGUGGAGCACGUAAAAAGAUCUUUCUCGUAAGUUUCGGCCUUAAAACUUGCUGCGGCGGAAAAAUUUGAGGAGCUGAUGGUCUGAUCCAAUUCAACUGUGCUGGCCACUCAGACGAGGGGAGAAACUCGCAUGGGAUAGUAAGGAACACAUGCUACUAUACUAAUAAUAGUGAUUUAACUUGAACAUGACUGGCUCCCGUGAAC